UUCCCUGCUUCCAAAAAUAUUUAUUGAGCACCUGCUAUGUGCCAGGCACUGUUUUGGUCUCUAUGGAUACAGAAGUGAACAAGAUAGGUGAGGCCCUGGCCUCAGGGAAUUUAUAUCUUAGAAGAAGGUAAUAGUAAGCAAGUAAACAGGACAGGAAUAGCAUAUGUACCCAGAAGGGACUGUAACGAGGUGUGAGUGGUGUCAGGGGAGGGCUGUGUCAGAUAAGGGGCUCAAGGAAGAUGACAUUUCGUGUGACACCUGAGAAGAACCAGCUAGGCAGAGGGCCUGAAGAAAUAAUUCAGUAAAACAUGAUGCUCUCACAGGCCCCAGGCCUCAGACUUACAGAAGGCGCCAUGAGGAGGGCAUGGAAGGAGAGAAGUUAUCAAAGCACCCCAGAUGGCCUCAGAGGGCCAGGAAGGACGACACGGCCCUUGGGGAUGACCGCACCCUGGGUCGCAUUUGGGUCUCCCCGUCCAACUGCCUCUGCCCUUCCAGGUGAAGCAGAUCAUGGAGGAGGCAGUCACACGGAAGUUCGUCCACGAGGACAGCAGCCACAUCAUCUCCUUCUGUGCGGCUGUAGAGGCCUGCGUCCUGCAUGGGCUGCGGCGGCGGGCGGCUGGCUUUCUGCGCAGCAACAAGAUUGCAGCUCUCUUCAUGAAAGUGGGCAAGAACUUCCCACCGGCCGAAGAGCUGAGCCGCAAGGUGCAGGACCUGGAACAGCUGAUGGAGAGCGCGCGAAACCAGAUUCAGGGCCUCCAGGAGAAUGUGCGGAAGCUGCCGAAGCUGCCCAGCCUGUCCCCACUUGCCAUCAAGCACCUGUGGAUCCGCACUGCUUUGUUUGAGAAGGUCCUGGACAAAAUUGUGCAUUACCUGGUGGAAAACAGCAGUAAAUACUAUGAGAAGGAAGCCCUCCUGAUGGACCCGGUGGAUGGCCCCAUCCUUGCGUCUUUGUUGGUGGGGCCCUGUGCCCUGGAGUACACCAAGAUGAAGACUGCAGAUCACUUCUGGACUGACCCCUCAGCCGACGAGCUUGUCCAGAGGCACCGCAUCCACAGCUCGCACCUGCGGCAGGACUCACCCACCAAGCGUCCAGCCCUCUGUAUCCAGAAGAGACAUUCAAGUGGCAGCAUGGACGACCGACCAUCCCUUUCUGCCCGUGACUAUGUUGAGUCCCUGCACCAGAACUCCCGGGCCACGCUCCUCUAUGGCAAGAACAACGUUCUGGUUCAGCCGAGGGAUGAUAUGGAGGCCGUGCCAGGGUACCUGUCUCUACACCAGACAGCUGACGUCAUGACCUUGAAAUGGACGCCUAACCAGCUGAUGAACGGGUCGAUGGGGGACCUGGACUAUGAGAAGAGCGUCUACUGGGACUAUGCCAUGACCAUCCGCCUGGAGGAGAUUGUAUACCUGCACUGCCACCAGCAAGUGGACAGCGGUGGCACAGUGGUGUUGGUCAGCCAGGACGGGAUCCAGAGGCCGCCGUUCCGCUUCCCCAAGGGGGGGCACCUCCUGCAGUUCCUCUCGUGCCUGGAAAAUGGGCUGCUCCCCCAUGGGCAGCUGGACCCUCCACUCUGGUCUCAGCGGGGGAAGGGCAAAGUAUUUCCCAAACUGCGUAAGCGAAGCCCUCAGGGUUCUGCUGAGUCCACGUCUUCGGACAAGGAAGAUGACGAGGCCACAGAUUACGUGUUCAGGAUCAUCUAUCCCGGCAUGCAGUCUGAAUUCGCCCCCCAGGACCUGAUGGAUGUCUCCGUGAGCAACCUACCACCCUUAUGGCAACCCAGCCCCCGGAAAUCCUCCUGCUCAUCCUGUUCACAGAGUGGCUCCGCCGAUGGUGGCUCAACCAAUGGCUGCAACCAUGAGAGGGCUCCCCUGAAGCUCCUCUGUGACAAUAUGAAGUACCAGAUCCUUUCCAGAGCCUUCUAUGGAU